CUGAGUGGCACGGCCCCACCGAGAUCGAUCCCAAUCUGAUCCGGAGUCAGUCAGCUGGAUGUCCAAGCUUUCUAAGAGUACAGAAAGAAAGUCACAGAUGAAGACAGUUGUGCUGUCAAAACUUGUUUAGAAAGAUGGAACACAACAUGAUUUUGGAAAACGAACUGAUCGAGGAUGACUGCCAUAUAAAAUGCAAGCGAUACCUGAUCAGUUUGUUUGGCGAAUCAGCCGCAGAGUAUUUUCUCAGCCCUUCCUCUUGCUCGAAGGAAAUCCCCUCUUGGUUUUCCCAGCUAAAAGAUGACAUGAAAGAUCACACGAGUGCAGUUACCCUAUGGGAUGCUAUGAGACAACGUUCUGCACUGAUACUGCAAGAAUCAAACACAGAGCCCUCGAUGGAAAUUACAAAUGAGAUUGUGAGAAGGGUAACAGACUGGAAGACACUAAAGAAACAAGAUCAUCUGAUGCACCUAGCAGGAGUGAAAUACAUGUUCCGUCGUGCUCAACGUAACCAGGCCAUCUCAGCCCUCCUUCUACAUCAUAACCCACUUUUUGACUAUAUGAUAAAUAAUGGACUGAAUUGAUUCUUGUCCAUAACACAUAAUCAAUCGAAUGAGCACACGGUAAGGUGAAACAGCAACUGAAGGGGAUUGUGGAAAUCAGGGAUAUGUCUCAGAUUAGACAUUUAGGACAUUCCAGCACUUUUAUUGUUCUGUUUCCCCAUUUAAAACUUGCACAGACUUGAGAAAUGAGUCGGUUAAAGUGGUGCACUGUGGUAGGUAUUUGUACUUGAUGUUCACUACCAUCGGGGGGGCAGCAGAUUGUAAAUUUGGCCUGCAGUCUCACUAUUGAAAUAAUUCUUCUUCUCUAGCACAAUGGUUUUAUUAUAUUUACCCAAAGUAGUAUAAAAAACAUUAUAAAUUGUAUGUAUUGUCAUCUGUGUCAUAUUUUCUUUAAUGCAUUUAGCAUUGUUUCUUCCAUGUGAAUCUAUCACACACAACCCACCAGUAAAUUACUAUUAUUAUACAAGGGCUCUUUUUUUCUUGCAUACCAUUAUCUCUGCUGUGCCUCGCUCAUGUAUAUCUCUUCAGGUGUUCAGCCUAUAAAAAGCCCUAAAUUUGUAGUGCUUGAAUCCUAUGCAAGUAUGCAUAUGUUAACGCCUUUAUCAGCUCUUCACUAAAAUAUUAGUUAUCACAUUCAUGCACAAAAACAUGAUUAUUAAAAUGACAAACUAUGAAA